GCCUGUGCUGGCUGGAGCUGAGAGUAGACAAACUUGCGUAGUCUUACCACGGUUCUCGCGGACUGCCUGCCUCUCUCUAUGGACGGCUGGAGGGGAAGAGAGGAAACAGGGAUUGUUGUCGCUGGGACCGCUGCGCCUUUUUGGGGCCAGGAGAUGAUUUAAUCACGGAAAACUCGGGGUGUGGGGGGAAACGGAGAAGAAGAGAGACGACGGGAGCGCGAGAGAGGAGAGGAGCAGCCGUUGGAGAUGUGCUUUUUGGGCCGAGAUUGCGGCGCUAGGUACAGCACAGCAGUCCCUGCGACGUGUUGUUUUCCACUUGAUUGUUGUAUGCACGGUAUCCCUGUCUAGGCCUGGACUGAGCAGAUUGUUCUGAGAGGAAACGGACAACAAACGGGGGAAGUGAACAUGGCUGGGACCUCAAGCUUCUUUUCCAACGGACCUGUUCCGUGGAUGGACAACGACACGGAGAUGAACAACCUGUACCGGGACCUGGAGCUCGGGACAGUGCUAACACUGUUUUAUUCUAAGAAGUCCCAGCGGCCAGAGAGACGGACAUUUCAAGUUAAGCUGGAGACCAGGACUAUUAUCUGGACUCGAGGCACGGAUAAAAUUGAGGGAGAGAUUGAUAUUCGGGAGAUCAAGGAGAUUCGUUGGGGACAGAAGUCACGGGACUUUGAGCGCUAUGUGGAAGACUCUACGGCUCGGCUGGACCAGGCUCAUUGCUUUGUCAUUUUGUAUGGCACAGAAUUUCGUCUUAAAUCGCUCAGCCUUGCAGCAACCUCUGAUGAGGAGAUGACCAUGUGGGUGAAGGGGUUAAAUUCGCUUUUGGCAGACACGCUCAAGUCUCCAACACCGCUUCAGAUAGAAAGAUGGCUACGUAAGCAGUUCUAUGCUGUUGACCGCAACAGAGAAGACAGGAUAUCCUGUAAGGAUCUGAAGAGCAUGCUGAGCCAGGUCAACUACAGGGUGCCCAACAUGAGGUUCCUCAGAGAGAAACUUCCGGACUCAGAACUGAGGAACGGAGAUGUGAUUUUCAGCCAGUUUGCGCAACUUUAUCGCAGCCUCAUGUUUGACGCUCAGAAAAAUUUGGAGAUCCCGUUUCUGCAAAGGUUCAUUGACAGACCAGAACAGAGGAUCUCCCUUGACGACUUCAAGAACUUCCUCCUGGAGUCUCAAAAGGACAUGUGGGCAUCGGACAGCAACAAGGUUCAAGACUUUAUGUUCGGCUACCUGAAAGACCCCCUGAGGGAAGUGGAGCAGCCUUAUUUUCACCAAGAUGAGUUCCUGACAUACCUAUUCUCAAAAGAGAAUACCGUCUGGGAUGCCUCCUUGGACCAAGUGUGUCCUGAUAACAUGAACAACCCCCUGUCUCACUACUGGAUCUCCUCUUCACACAACACCUACCUGACUGGAGACCAGUUUUCCAGUGAAUCGUCCCUUGAGGCAUACGCGCGCUGUCUGAGGAUGGGCUGCCGCUGUAUUGAAUUGGACUGCUGGGAUGGUCCAGAUGGAAUGCCAGUCAUCUACCACGGACACACCCUCACAACUAAAAUUAAGUUCUGGGAUGUCUUGACCACCAUCAAAGAGCAUGCCUUUGUUACGUCCGACUAUCCUAUCAUCUUGUCCAUUGAGGACCACUGCAGUAUUGUGCAGCAGAGGAAUAUGGCCACUCAUUUUAAGAAGGUGUUUGGAGACAUGCUGCUGACCAAAGCAGUGGAUAUCGCUGCAGACGGUCUGCCUUCACCAAACCAGCUUAAGAGAAAGAUCCUCAUUAAGCAUAAGAAGCUUGCAGAAGGCAGUGCCUAUGAGGAGGUGUCCACCUCCACUCCCUACUCAGAGAAUGACAUCAGCAACUCGAUCAAGAACGGUAUCCUGUACCUGGAAGACCCCAUUAAUCAUGAGUGGUACCCUCAUUUCUUUGUCCUGACUAGCAGUAAGAUCUACUACUCAGAGGAGACCUCCAGUAACCAGGGUAACGAUGAUGAAGAGGAGCACAGAGAGGUGUCCAAUGGUAUGGACCAACACGUGACAGAAAAAUGGUUCCACGGGAAGCUGGGCGCAGGGCGGGAUGGGCGGCAGAUAGCAGAGAGGUUGCUGUCUGAGUACUGCGUGGAGACUGGAGCCCCUGAUGGCUCCUUCCUGGUCCGCGAGAGUGAAACCUUUGUGGGAGACUACACUCUGUCUUUCUGGCGUUCAGGGCGGGUGCAGCAUUGCCGUAUCCACUCUCGUCAGGAGGCAGGCAGCCCCAAGUUCUACCUGACUGACAACCUGGUCUUCGACACACUCUUUGCUCUCAUCAACCACUACCAGCAGGUGGCGCUGCGCUGCAAUGAGUUUGAGAUGAAGCUGACAGAGCCUGUGCCUCAGACCAAUGCUCAUGAGAGCAAAGAGUGGUACCAUGCCAACCUCACCAGGAGCCAUGCAGAGAACAUGCUGAUGAGGGUUCCUCGUGAUGGGGCUUUCCUUGUCAGAAAAAGGGUCGAACCCAAUUCAUUUGCUAUUUCUUUUAGAGCAGAGGGAAAGAUAAAGCACUGUCGGGUGCAGCAGGAGGGUCAGACCGUGGUGCUGGGCACCUCAGAGUUUGACAGCCUUGUAGACCUCAUCAGUUACUACGAGAAGCACCCUCUUUACCGCAAAAUGAAACUGCGGUAUCCUAUCAAUGAGGACACACUGGAGAAGAUAGGCACUGCUGAGCCAGACUACGGGUCACUUUAUGAGGGCAGGAAUCCUGGCUUUUAUGUGGAGGCUAACCAAAUGCCAACAUUUAAGUGCACAGUGAAAGCCAUGUAUGAGUAUAAAGCCCAGCGUGAUGAUGAGCUCUCCUUCACUAAGAAUGCUAUUAUCUCUAAUGUGGACAAACAGGAAGGAGGGUGGUGGAAGGGGGACUGUGGAGGGAAGAAGCAGCUGUGGUUUCCUGCCAACUACGUGGAGGAGAUCAGUCCAUCAGCAGGAGAGCCUGACAGAACACAGGAGAUGACAGAAAACAGCCCACUAGGAGAUCUCCUGAGAGGAAGUAUGGACGUGUCUUCCUGUCAUGUUGUUGUGCGUCCUGAAGGAAAGGGCAGUCGGCCUUAUGUCUUCUCCCUGGUGCAAAAUGCCUCCACGCGGGCGGGCCCAGUGCUAGAUGUGGCUGCUAUUAGCCAAGAAGAACUCAAAGAAUGGGUGAUGAAGAUCCGUGACGUCGCUGUGACCUCAGAAGCCAAACUGGAGGAGGGAAAGAUGAUGGAAAGGAGGAAGAAGAUUGCACUGGAACUGUCAGACCUGGUCAUCUACUGUAGGCCUGUGCCAUUUGAUGAAGACAAGAUCGGCACAGAGCGAGCUUGUUUCAGAGAUAUGUCCUCUUUCCCUGAGACCAAGGCAGAGAAGUACGUCAACAAAAUCAAGGGGAAGAAGUUCCUGCAGUAUAAUCGUCUGCAGCUCUCCAGGAUCUACCCCAGAGGACAGAGACUGGACUCCUCCAACUAUGACCCUCUGCCCAUGUGGCUCUGUGGCUCCCAGUUGGUGGCACUCAACUUCCAAACAGCAGACAAGCCCAUGCAGAUGAACCAGGCUCUGUUUAUGCUAAAUGGAAGAAGUGGCUACGUCCUUCAGCCACUCAUCAUGAGAGAUGACAACUUUGACCCCUUUGACAAACACACUUUGAGAGGCCUAGAGCAAUUCACUCUAGAAAUAGAGGUUUUAGGUGCCCGGCACCUGCCCAAGCACGGACGGGGCAUAGUCUGCCCUCUGAUCGAGAUCGAGGUGUGUGGGGCAGAGUAUGACAACGCCAAGCAAAAAACUGACUCUGAAGCUGAUAACGGCCUGAAUCCAACAUGGCCCCGCAAACCGUUCCAGUUCUCAGUGUGCAACUCUGCCUUCGCUUUCCUGCGCUUUGUGGUUUAUGAAAUCGACAUGUUCAAUGACCAAAACUUUCUAGCUCAGGCUACAUUCCCCAUUCACAGCCUCAAGACAGGCUACCGUUCAGUACCUCUGAAGAACAGCUACAACGAGGAUUUGGAGUUGGCUUCUCUGUUGAUCCACAUAGACAUCAUCACAGGCAGGGAUGAAAAUGGGGAGGUCCUGAGCCCGUUCCUUGCAGCUGGGGCCACAGCGCUGACGGCAUCAGCCACAGUAGGACGGGAACGUUUGGGAGAAUUGGGCUCAGUGUCCUCUACCUCCUCUACGAUGUCCCCUCUGCCCCAGUCGCCAGCUCAGGCCAUGGCCUACAGAGGGAGGGAGGGUUCCUUUGAGUCCCGCUACCAGUCCCCGAUAGACGACUUCAGGGUGUCCCAGGAGACACUGCAGGACCACAUAGAAGCACAGAACAGAAGGAUGCGGAGGACCAGAGUGGGUGGAGAGAACCGCGUCUAAGUCCAAACCAAUCAGGAUGUAUUUCUGUUGCACCCCCCUAAACCCAUACCCUCCCACCCUUCCUCACCCAGUCACCUCUCCCCGUACUGAUGAUGUCACUGACUGCUGUGAACACUGUUUCCAUGGAAACGCCCACCACCGCUUUGGCCUACAUUUCAGGCAGCUCUCCCUCCCUUCCAUUCUCCCAACUGCUCCCCAUCCCUCUCCUUCACUCUCCCUCUCUAUCCCCCCCUGCCGCCCAGCCUCCUCACCACUCCAGAAGGAGAGACUCGGACAUCAGAGAAGAGGGGGUGAGAAAGGCAGGAGAGGAAGUGGAAGCUGCAGACAGGAAGAAGAAACGGGACAUUCACAGGAGAAGCUGAAGAAAUUCCAGCUCUGGACUGGAGGUUUGGGAGGCGAGAUGUCCUCUCAUGUGUUUCUAAGGUGUGCACAGCAGCUACCUGGUGUGGAGGCUAAGAGGAGAGAGAGAGAGAGAGAGAGUUGGUGUUCUUAAAGGUAUCAGUUUGAAACUGUUCUCCAGUUAGGUUUCUUUGCUCUUCUCUAUUUGGCGUAUAUGAAUAUAUGUAUUUAUUCCUGCUGUGCUGUUGGCCAGAGAACAGCAGCAGCUGACCUGCUCUCAAAGAGCUUCUGUCUCCAUGUUUUUAAUUAUUAUAAUUAUUUAAACCUUUAAACAUUCAUAAUGUGACUUUACUAUUUUUUUUAGAUGUUUAUGUGUAAAACACGAGGGCUCUCUACGGCUAUUUUAUUGUCUGUUUCUUCUCUGCUUUGAGGAGGAAAUAACGCUCCUCCAGUCUAACUCACACUCAUUACGUGGAGGGAAAUGUAAUUCUUGCUCUUUGAUGACAUCAAGAAGUCAUAGCCUUUAAGUGUUAAAAGCAGCAAGAGAGCAGGCAGCAUCAUGUGACUUUUACAUUCUCAAACUCACAUGCAUGCUUUUUUAAUUUAAACCAACAUUCCUAAAAAAAAAAAAAAAAAAAGGCACAUCAUUCCACUUUCCUGCAUCGCAGGCGCCUUUACAUGCCAGACACAUUUAAACUUGUGCCCCCCUUGACAGUCUUCCUACUCUUUGAUAUGAUCAUGUCUGGAUCAAAUGCCACAAUGUGAAAAAGCAAGACCAGGGAUCCAUGUAGGACUCAUUUUUUGUUUGUUUGUUUUGUUUACUUAGAUGUUUAUAGGCCUUUUUACUGGCAGUUCACAUUGAAAGGAUGGAUCAUGCAGCUGCAAGGUCGUGGAAAAAGAACACAUUAAUAUUUGAUCAUAUGAUCAGUUUUAAAGACAUCGUUAAAUGCCAACAUUGUGUGAGUUUCAAAGUUGCUGACUUAUAAUACUUAUAAUUCCAGGAAUUAAUAUGGUUUUACUGUUACACCUUUAACUUAAAAGGCCUGCGUUUCAAUAAUCAUAAUAGAAUACUGAUUUGGAGUGUGAUUAUUCUUAGAACAUUUCAAGUCUUAAUAGGAUUCACAGCCCUUUAAAUUCAGGGUUUUAUUAGUUGACCAUAACAGACACAGCGCUAAUGUUUCGGUAUAAAAAAUGUUGCUACUUAAUUUCAGUAUUUUUUAAGGAUGUUUUUGUUGCAAAAGGCCAUCUUUACUUAUAAAUUUGUCCCCUAAGUUUGAAAGGAUAUUCAGUGUUGUCAAUGAAUAGAGACCACGAAUGAAAGCAUGCUUGAAGAAAACAUGCAGAUUACACCGUGCUGGUAACUCCUCUACAAAGACGUUAAGAACAUCCUGGAGUUUUCCUCUGCUCUGUUGUACAAAGCAGGCUUCCCAUAAACCACUGGGGCAAUUUUAAGUUACACUGCCAUGAAUUAAAGUUAGAUUCCCACUGCGCAUAAACAGAUUUGUGUAAACAACUGGCUGAUGGCUACGGUUUAGAAUUCCCUUAUCCAGCCUCUCAUUUUGGCUCAGUCUCAUGGAUGUUAGUCUAACUUGGUAAUUCACACUUCUCUGGAGGUAAAUUUCAGGUCUUCAGUCCUGCAUUUGUGGUGUGACGGGAGCUGUAGAUUUCCUUGAGGUGCCUGGGAGAGGGGAGUUUGUUUUUUAAAUCUGAGAGAAUUCUCACAUAUAGUCUGUGGUGUAAUCUUUCCAGGUUUGGGUCAGAAACAGUGUUUUCUCUGCUCAUUUGUGAUGACAUUAUGAUAUAAUUCAGUAUUUCAGUCAGUGUUUGAGCACUGAGAUGCGCCAAAGCCAUAUGGUAUGUCUUGAGGUAAAAGCAGGGGACUUAAUGAAAAUAUUUUUGCAUCUUGUUGUGUUUGCACCUCAAAGCUCCCUUGAAUUAUUUUUCUGCUCCCUCUUAAUUAACGAAUGGUAAUCAUUGACCCCACCCCCCCCGCUGCAUCGCUCUUAUAGCUGAUCUGUCAGCCAACGUCUAUGUGCCUCCGUCUGUGUACACUUCACAUUAAAGCCACAUCAUUCAGCCACCACUGGGUUUCUGAUACCUGCACAGCCAUGCCAUACCCAGUCCGCUGUGUUGUCUUAUUUUGACAGUCAGGAACUCCUCAUAACUCUUCUGCUCAGUUUGCUGUUACUCUUACUGUCUGAAACAAGGUGUUCAGAGGUCUUAGAAACCAGAAUAACUCAGAGCUUCUCUGUGGGUGUGCAGGGCCCUUCAGUUAUGUCAUCAUUUUUUUACUUUUUCUUUUUUGUCCCUCAUGGUGUCAUUUACAAAUGCCUUUCUGUAAUGUGCCUAAACUAUGGAGAGGAAAAGAGCUCAUUUUAAUUUUGCCUUUCAUAUGAAACAUAUUCAAGCCUGAAAAGUAAAUAAAAUACUUACUACUUUACA